AUGGAACGAAUAAUUCAAGCAACAAUUAAUGCGUUAGGUUUUCUGCAAGAUGGCGUUUAUUAUCCGGAACCGGAUUGUUUUGAAAGUGUGCGCGAUUUGGUACGAUUCCUGCGGAAUGAUACGGCUAUGGCAGUGGCACGACGUGUUUGCGGUGAGAGAAAUAUUGUCCGAUACGAUCUAAUUCCGAUCAUGAAAUCACCAACCACGUGUGAUAAAUUAUUCGACAUUGCUUUAAGGCUCACAAUAAAUUUAUGCCAACCCGUCGCAAUGAUGUUUGGUGGACGGCAACCAGAAGAUAAGGAGACAUGGCUGGUCCAUCAAGAAAUCGAUAAAAAUCUCAGGAAUUCCAAAGAAGCCUUCGGUGAUGUUCAGUUGUUUAAAGUUUUUGAAAAGAAAGCUGCGACCUAUUUUGCUCAAGAUUGGUUAGAAAGAGAUGAAGAAACGAAGCUUUUAAUCGAAAGGAUCUUUGCUUUAUCUCGUUAUGUCCUUGCUAUUGGUGAUACGGAUUUGGAUAAGGAGCGUUCAUCUCAGGAUAUCAACAGUCAUGACCAAUUAGUUCUGGCCUUUCUAGAAAGUGGUUUCGGAAAGCUGCUUGUUGAAAUUUCCGAAACUUCAACAGAACGUGAUUUUCACUUGUGGAUUUUGGAAAUUUUUGCAAUGAUGCUGAAACAACACGAUGUAAGGGAUGUCGUGGAAGCUGGAAGUAUUCGUACUGCAGAUGAAAGAAAGAAACAAGAGAUUGAAAUGCAAAAAGUUGUUCAACAGGAGACUGAAAAACAACUGAAUGGGCGUCGAUAUAUGUCAAGCAGACAUACCGCUUUUGCUGGAUCUUACAUUUUGAAAGGAGUAAAAGCCAUUAAUAAGGAUAACGAUAUGGUUGUCAACAAAGUGAUAAAAAACUGCGAUGAAAUCGAUCAUUUAAAUAAGAGGAAAACUCAGCAUCGAGUCCCGAAAAACCGGCGGCCAUUUGACAUUGAAACUAACAAACAUAUUUCGGUUCUCAAUGUGCGUGUAGCUUUACGAUCCUUUUGCACAGAAAUGCUACGAAGAUCCUACUGUCGAUUGAUUUCUGGAUGCAAAGAUAAUGCUUUUUCUGGUAAACGAACUUUGGGACAAGACAAAGCUGAUAUAUACUAUUUUAUUUUAAUGCAAUUCUCAUUGGAAUUCUGUCGCUUAGCUGAAUUAUCUCCUGAAUAUAUAAAAGCUUCACUCAACAUAGAAGCAUUUCAUCAUGUUCAAACUCAACUGGACAAUUAUCUGGAAAAGGCAAGAAUUGAGCGAAAGGAGGGACGUAUUCACGGGUUACGCGCACAGCACGCCUUAUCUGCUUACAAGGAACUGUUACUUACGUUGAAAUCAAUCCUGAAAUCUGGAAAUGAGCAGUGGAAACGGGAGGUAGGAUCAGUUUGUACACACAUAUUAAGAGUUGAAGAAUACAGGGAUUUGUCAAGUUGUGUUAUUCGUAGAUUUGUGCCCGGUGUAUUCUCGAAAACUUUCUUGCGUAAUAUUGUGCUUGCUAACCACGCAUACAUUAGUUUGAUUGAGAAGUUUUCCAAGAAAGGGGUGCUGUCGACAGUAAUUAAACGUCAAAAGAAGUGGCAACGUAAGUCAAAGAAGAAAAAAAAGCUAGAAAAUACUGUACAGGAAUUAAGAGAACCAGAUUGGAAUUUAUGGGAUGAUAUUUGCGAAGAAUUGUCGGAUGUUAUAUUCGGUCAUAUUGAACCAACUAUCGAUAUUAGUGCCAUCGAUGUGCUUCUGAAUGUCGAUGACCGAAUUCAUCAGCAGUUUGCAAUGCUUAUGGUGCAACAAGCACUUCAUCAACGGCGUAUAGCCGACGCUGUCGGUAUAUAUCGAUCAGCGCGUGACUUAUGGCCUGCAGAUGGUGUAUUUGGAACAAACGAUAUAAUGCCUGAGGAUGAGUUUCUCGAAUUACGUGCUGUCUAUUUUGUGGAUCUUAAAGAAGUUGAAGCAAAUUGGGAGAAGUGUCGACUAGAAACAUACGGGCCGGAGCUAGAUGAUAGCACAAAAAGCGAUGCCCAAUUCAAUGACGAAUUUGAUGAAGAGUAUGAAGAAAGAAGUGAUGAGUCCGAUGUUGAAAUAAGCAUGGUUGAGAAAGAAAUCGACUUUCAUUUCGAUGAUUAUGUCGCAAAAUUCGCACGGGUGGAUGUUUUGAAAUGGUAUAUCUUUCUAUUGGCUGAUUUCGAAUCUAAUACAGUAGAGGUAAACAAGGCAAUCUUAAAGCUUCUGCACCGAAUAGCUUUUGAUUUGAAAAUGGCCCCACGUUUAUACCAGCUUUCCCUUUUUGUAAUCUUCAAGCGACUUGCUGUGCGUUUCAAGGGUCAGUCAAUACAUGAGAUCAAGAAAAGCCAGUAUUUUGAAAUAUAUCAAUUCGGUUAUCAUCUAUUACGACGAUUUUAUGUUGAUUAUCAAAAAAUUGGGUCUAAAUUAAUUCCGGAACUCUUAUUCUGGAAAGGCCCCAAAGAAUGUCACGAAAUUGCUAAUGGAUAUGGAACAUUUGAAAUUAAACAAGAUGGUAGUAAAGGCAAAGAAAUAGUAUGGCCUGAAGAAUUAGAUAACGAAUUAAGAACUCUUUAUGAAGAAUAUUUGCUAUUUGAGGAAAAACCUGAAGGUGUUGAUAUCAUUGAAUACAUUGAGCAAGGUUUAUCGCGGCCUCGAACACGUCGACAAAUUAUUCGGCAAAUGAAGAUGCUUGGGUUGGACACAUUUGGUGCUAGGAAUACUAGAAGAGAUAUGGGAGGAAUUAAGUCACCAGUUUUUGCGCCAGAAAUUGUCAGCCAAAUACAUAAUCUUAUCGAAGAGUUUAAUUCAAAAACUCCUUCUUCCCGACCAGAUGAUUUGGUUAGUUUUAUUCGUAAUAAUUUGACAGAAAAAUAUUCGAGAGCAAAAAUCAUCAAACAACUGCAGUAUGGGAGUAUAUACUAUAAACCAGCGUCAAGAAAGAAACGUUCAAAGGCCUCUCAAAAACUAACUGAACAAAGAGAAUCAGAUGAAGAAGGGAUCGGUGAGCUUUUUGGAGGUUCCAAUACGCUGGGAUUCGGCUAUCUUUUUCAACGUGACAAUGAAUGUGGAGCAAAACGAAAACGAAAUAAAACAAACAGAUCUACUACGUGUCUUUCACCAGAAGAAGAUCUCAAAUCCACUGAUGAUAUUAUAAAUCCAGAUGCUUUUGGAUGUUCAAGUCCUAGGUCAAGUGCAAAUACUGUUGACGAAUUAUUUACGAUUAAUAGAAAGGAGAGUAUCGUUAACACGAACGAUAGUGAUGAUGAGGUAAUACUUAAAAAACGGCAACGGUCGGUGGCUAGCAUCGCACCCUCAUCUGACGAGGAUGAUGAUACUAUCUCAAGAAAGAUGCGUAAAAAGCGAAUUAUCGGGAGCGAUUCUGAAUAG